AUGAUACUUACAUUUAUUAUUUUUGUGUAUAAGCUAAAAAUAUUCGUCCUUAAGAUACUCCAGUUGCUUAUACUAAAGUCUUCUCUGAGUGCUUAUUUUCAAUCAUCUUGGUCUGAUCUUGAAAAGAAUCAUACAAAGUUACCGAAAAUACCACAACAUAUAUCAUUUGUAAUUUUUGAGGAAAUAUUCUCUGCACAGGAUAUUGCGAAUUUGGUAAUAUGGUGCUCAGCGAUUGGUGUUUCGUACCUGUCGCUGUCCGAUAUGAAGGGCAAUAUUUUACAUCUAAGAGAUAGCGUUGAACAGUUUAUCAAGGAAAAAGACUAUUCUGUAAAAAAGAACAACGAGACUAAAUCUUCUGUCAUAUACAGUCCUCUGAGUCGUGUACUGUCAAAAAUCACUGUGAACUAUCUUAAUUGUGAUGACGGAUUUGAUCAGAUAUGUCAGUCUGCACGUUAUUUAAGCACAUCUACCAGUACUCUUACGGAUGAAAGGGUCAACCAAACUAUUACUGAAUUAACUAAAGUUCCAGACGUUGACCUCACUAUUCAUUGCGGAUUGUCUUCAAGUUUCUCUGGUCUUUUGCCAUGGCAAAGUCGGUUUUCAGAGUUCAUACAAUGCCCUUCAGUCCGAGGCCUUCGGUUGUCUGACUUCCAUCAAAUUGUAUGUCGUUUUGGGAUGGUCAAACAACGUUGGGGUCGUUGA